CCACAAACUAAAUCCAACGAAGAAAAAGCUUACCCGUGCUCACAUGUGUUUGUUUUUUCAAACAGAGACGACAUAUUGCUAAAUAAAUGCAACAACAAUUAAGAGCUGACGACGUGUUGUUUUGCAAACUCAACCAUUUGAAACUCGUACAUGUUGGCACCACACUGAUUUUUCUUUUGCAAUGUUUUAUUUCAUCGGGCUUGGAUUGGGAGAUGCUAAAGACGUCACCGUGAAGGGACUAGAAAUUAUUCAGAAAUGCAAUCGUGUCUACUUGGAAGCCUACACGUCCAUAUUAACGGUUGGGAAGGAUAAAUUGGAGGAGUACUAUGGACGGGAGCUCAUACUUGCAGACAGGGAUAUGGUGGAACAGGAAGCGGAUGAUAUUCUGAACGGGGCUAAUGUCAAUGAUGUUGCAUUCCUAGUCGUGGGAGACCCCUUUGGAGCCACCACUCACAGUGACUUGGUCUUGAGAGCUGUGAAUGCUGGGAUACCAUACCGGGUCAUCCACAACGCCUCCAUCUUGAAUGCAGUUGGUUGCUGUGGGCUCCAGUUGUACAAUUUUGGAGAAACGGUGUCAAUUGUAUUCUGGACCGACACCUGGAGACCAGAGAGCUUCUAUGAUAAAAUCAAGAAGAAUCGAAACAUGGGAAUGCACACACUUUGCCUGCUUGACAUCAAAGUCAAAGAGCAGUCCAUGGAGAACUUAAUAAGGGGCCGUAAGAUUUAUGAACCUCCAAGGUAUAUGACUGUGUGCCAGGCGGCUGAGCAACUCCUGGAAAUAGUACAAAACAGGAGAGAGAGGGGUGAGGAACUAGCCAUCACAGAGGAAACCAUAUGUGUAGGCCUUGCCAGGGUGGGAGCAGAGGACCAAGCCAUUUACACAGGGACUCUACGUCAGCUAGUGUCAUGUGAUCUUGGUGCACCUCUACACUCGAUGAUUGUGGCGGGGCACUUGCAUCCAUUGGAGGUGGAAAUGCUGCGUCUGUCAGCUGCUCCUGAGGCCCUGCAAGACCUCCAGAUGACCGACAGUUCCACAUACAUCUCCUAACAUCUCCUAACAAUCAACAACCCAACUGGCUGUCAUGUUCUGCCAAUGCUCCACUUAGCAAGGCAAACAUGUAUAGUGUUUAGAAUAAGGCUUUGUAUCAAAUAAGCUUUUUCCCGUGGUGAAGGCGCUUUCUUUUUUUCAUCUGCAAUUCAAGUGCCCAAUGCCUGGAGACCCUAACUUUUCAACUGGUCUACAUGCUCAAGAAGUCACAUAUUUUUAAGACUGGCUUCAUCUGUGUUUUGUGUUAAUAAACUGGCGUAAAUCAUG